AUGACGGUGUUGUAUGGGUUGUACAAUGGCCUUAACCUAGAUUAUGGGUCCAUUAUUUGGCAGCAGUUGGUUCAAAGCUUGGUUUCUUCCUCCAGGCAUUCUGAGAUCUCAUGUGGGCGUUUCUGGUCUCUCAUCACCAACUGGGCAAUGGAUCGUCUUCAUGUUCCAAUAAUGGCAGACUCCUUUCUCUCCUCUAUUGCCACCUUUCACACGACGAAAAUCAUCGUCACUGACCCAACCAAGUUUUCAUUCAUUGGACCCAUUCCUGAAGCUAUGCUCGGUCGUAUUUCAGUGUCGAGUAACAUUCUUCAAAAGUACAGGAAGCGUCCAUCUGUUGGUCCAAGAGAGCUUACACCGGCAAUGCUUCGUUCCAUUGAAGAGGCUGACAAGCCAGCCAAGAGGGGUAAAAAGCCUGAAACACAGAAAGAGGGACCGGUCAUUAAACCAACCAAGGGGCAAACCCCCAAGAAGCGGAAAUCUGAUAAAGCUGCAACUUCUCAGGCUCAACCAAAAAAGCAGAAGAAGCCUGCUAGGAAACUUAUUCUUCAAUCCUCUAGUGAUUCGGAUUCCGAAUAUGUCCCUCCUAAGCAGAAGAACGCUCCACCUUCAGAAUCUGAGAGUGAAAGCUCUGAUGAAGAGGCUUCGGGCCGAGGGGACACUCUGCCUCGCUCCCCUACUCCAGAAAUUCCGGUUCGCUCUUCUCCUCUUUCACCCCCACCGGUUACCAUCCCAGUUUCCAUCCUUCCUAUCUCUCCAAUUACCACCUCUCAACCCUUUACUACAAUUCCUAUUCCCACACCCAUUUUCAGAGAUACAACUACUACCACUACUACUACAAAACCUGUCUUUACUAUUCCCAAUCCACCUAUAACCGAACCUCCUAGCGAUGAUGAUGACGAUGAGCCUGUUACAAAACGUCAUCUCAAGGCAGUAAACGACAAGCUAGACCAACCGCUUUCAUCUUCUUCCUCUGGUGCCUAUUCAAAGGCUGCCUUAAAGGCCUUGUUCUCUUCGGUCGUCGCCGAACACAGUGCUACUUUAUCUGCUGCAGCCAAGGCUACUACUGCCAAAAAUGCUGAAAUUGUCAAUACUUCAAUAGAGAAUCUCCAAAGGUCUCUUCAAUCUGAGCGCUCGAGUCUUGAAGCGGCAUGCCAAGCCAUUGAAGAAGCCAAUGAAUCACUCCAUGCUAAUGUCAACAAACGUUUAACUCAACUGGAAGCGGAAUUAGCAGUGGAAAAUCGGAUUAUGGAUGAGCUUGACAGACACACAGCCCAGCUCAAAUUGCAAACACACAAGCUACGAACUACUAAUGCUGAGAUUAAUGACCUCAAGUCCGAAAGGGAGGUCAUUAGGAGUUCUGCUGCAGAUGUUCACUCCAUCCUUCUUCAUCUUAUUGAGGCUCAUGAUCCGAUUAUCACUAUCACUGUCAGAAGGCAUUUGGCAAACAAGCUCAGACCGGCGCUGGACAUUCUCAGCCGUAUCGAGGGUGUUCCGAAUUAA